AAGAAGUACAAGACGGUUCUCUACUAUCAUUGUGCAAUAGGUUAAAACUCUGUUUGGUUGGCAAAUUAAAAUGAAUCUACUACAGGGUUUGUUUUCGGUGCUAUUUAUCGUUGAAUUUUCGGAACUUCAAGGAAAACAUGGCUUUUUCUCGCAAGCUCUUCUUAAGGGUGAAGUGAUUGAAAACAUGUCACAGGCAAAGUUUGUAGCUGGAAUCCAUGCUCCCGCAAACCAUCCAAAUGAUCCCAAUGGAAAAAUGAUGAGUAUGUGUACCGCAUUCAUUCUGUCGAAAACGGAAAUUAUUACGAAUGCCCAUUGUGUGGAUGAGGCCCCAUAUGUUUAUGUGGUAGGUGGUACGAAAGUUGUAUCAGAUGCAAACCAGAAAAUUAAAAUCAAAGUCGAAAAAGAGAACUUUGUAUAUCACCCUUAUUAUAGUCAUUUAAUUGAUGGUGCAUUUGAUAUUGCCAAAAUAACACUGAAAACGCCGUUAGAAUUCAGCGAUACCGUUGGUAGUAUCGAACUCGUGGAUAAGGAUUACAAAUUGAAUAACCCAUCAGAAGUGGUCACCGUAUAUGGGUAUGGUGUGUUGAACAACAUCGGACCAAUGAUAUUGAGGCGUUGCGAUGCGAAAUAUACAUCUGAUGUCAACGCAUCUGAACUAAGUCAGGCUUUGGGCUUCACAACUGGUGAAGCUACGAAUGAUGGCGCUAUUCUUACACCUGGGGAUUCGGGUGGACCAGUUGUUUCAAAAACAAAUGGCAAAAUAGUGGGGAUAACAAUGGGUGUAACAAUGGGUGGAACAGCAGAUGGUCGCGGAGCGUUCCUUCCAAUUACUCUAUUUCUUGAUUUUAUUCGUGACCCAAAGGUAUCUAAUCACAAUGCUCCAAUUUUUGUUCUCAACAACGCAAACAAAAUCAUUUUUUGCAUUAAUUUCAGAGCGUGAAACAAAUUCCACCUCAGCUUACACCUAACGAAGCUAAAUUUAUAGCCGAUAUAACGGUACCGGGAAAAUUUCUUACUGUCUCCAAGCAUAAAUAUGCCGAUGCCGACGAAGAUGUUGAACUAGAAUUUAAUGCAAUCAUUUUGUCGGAAACGGAGAUUUUGACCUGUGCGCAUGGGGUGCACGGCGCCCCAUAUGUCUAUGU